CCUUAUAUAUAGUCAUCUUGCGCCAACAGUUGCGAUUGUGAAGUCGCGUCUUUUCUCUUACCUUCUCAAGGAAUCAGAAUUCCCUAAUCCGGGUGGGAAAGAAGUUAGGAAUCCUUAUUUAAGUUGUUUAUACCACACCCACAAACCCUUCAGAGAUUCAUCGAAAUUCAGUAUUCAAUUUGUUCUGUUCCCAUGGAGUGGGUUCGAGGAGAAGCAAUCGGUCAUGGCAGCUUCGCAACGGUUAAUUUGGCAAAGAGUUGUUCCUGUCAGUAUCCUUCAGUGAUGGCAGUGAAGUCUUGCGAUGUUAUUGAUUCGGAUUGGCUCAAGAACGAGAAAGAAGUUCUGGGUUUGAUCGGGAAUUGCCCGCAAAUCAUCCAGUGUUACGGCGACGAUUACAGUUCUGAAAACGGUGAGAGAUUGUACAAUUUGUUUCUGGAGUAUGCAAACAGAGGCAGUCUGGCUAAUCAGUUGAAGAAAACCACCGGUGGAUGUUUUCCGGAAUCCGAUGUCAGGCACUACACUAGGUUGAUUCUACUGGGGCUUAAACAGAUUCAUUCAAAAGGGUUCGCUCACUGCGAUAUAAAGCUUCAGAAUUUAUUGUUGUUGGACAAUCGGGCAGUAAAGAUUGCUGAUUUUGGAUUGGCAAAGAAGUCAGGGGAGAAACAGAGUGGAGAACAGAGCAGGGUACAAAUAAGAGGUACUCCUCUGUACAUGGCACCAGAAUCAGUUAAUGAGAACGAGUACGAGUCUCCGGCAGACGUGUGGGCUCUUGGGUGUGCGGUGGUGGAGAUGGUGACCGGAAAGAACGCUUGGAAUUGUGGGCCCGAAGCCAAUGUUUUCAAGCUGUUGAUUAGAAUCGGAACUGGGGACGAAUUACCCGUAAUUCCAGACGAAUUGUCGGAAGAAGGGAAAGAUUUUCUUCGCAAGUGCUUUGUUAAGGAUCCUAGAGAGAGAUGGACGGCGGAGAUGCUUUUGAAUCACCCUUUUGUUUCAGCCGGUGAAGAAGUUAUUUUGGUUAACGAUGAUGUGAUGAAGGACAGUAAAAACUCACCGGCAUCACCGAGAUGUCCUUUUGAUUUCCCAGUUUGGGUUUCAGUCUCUGGUUCCGAGGUAUCUUCACCGGAUACUAGUUUCUGUUAUGAAUUAUCACAUCGUUACACUUCGCCGGCGGAAAGAGUCCGGCAAUUGGACAGUCUUGAUGCUAUGAGUUCUGAUUGGUCAUUCUCGGAAAAUUGGUUCCCUGUAAGAUGAAGCGAGAUUACUCAACUAGUUGAUUCUUUCAUACCAAUUUGAUUGUAGAUUAGGACACAAACUGUACUGUACAUAACAAUUUUGUUUAUUAAAUCAUACGAGUUAAAUCAAUUGCAGUGAUGCUUUUUCUUGGUCACUUUUUA